CUGCAAAGUACCCCCCCCACCUCUGCUCAAGACAAACGACCGGUCACCCUUGGCGCGCCUGUACCGCUUGAUCAUUGCCGUCUUGCCCGAACCUCUGCUUUCAGCGCCACGCCGUUCAAUUUGCGCCUGAGCGCCCCAGGGACCAUAUACAACGAAGUGUAUAGAUACAGACAGACCUAUCAACAUGGUCCUCGUCACCGAACUCACCAAAGCUCUUGGAUUGGAGGUGCCGCUUGUGCAAGGCGGUAUGCAAUGGGUCGGAGUACCUCAACUCGUCACUGCCGUAUCCAACGCCGGAGGACUUGGCUUGCUCACUGCUCUGACGCAGCCUUCUCCGGAUGCGCUCAGAGAGGCGAUCCGAGAGACUCGCAAGAACCUCAAGCCGGGCGUGGAUGAGCGAAGCAAGUAUGGAGGAUUUGGAGUAAACAUUACCAUUUUGCCUUCCAUCAACCCACCUGACUACGAGGGGUACACGCGCGCUGCGCUCGAGGAAGGUGUGAGGAUCUUUGAGACGGCGGGAAGCAAUCCGGGCCCGAUCAUCAAGGCUGUCAAGGAGUAUGGGGGUUACGUCAUUCACAAAUGCACCACUGUUAGGCACGCUCGUAGUGCGCAGAAGCUCGGCGCAGACAUGCUCUCCAUCGACGGCUUCGAAUGUGCCGGACAUCCAGGAGAAGACGAUAUCGGAGGUCUGGUACUCAUGGCGCGCGCAUUCGAAGAGCUUUCCGUUCCAUUUAUAGCCUCUGGCGGAAUCGCCAAUGGUCAAGGGCUGGCCGCUGCCUUGGCACUGGGCGCAUGCGGAGCGAACAUGGGCACGAGGUUCAUGUGCACAAAGGAGGCGGAUAUCCACGAGAAUGUCAAGAGAGCUAUUGUGGACUCGGACGAGAGGCAGACGGUGCACAUGUUCCGCACGCUAAGGAACACCGCUAGAGUGUUCAAGAACAAGGUGUCGAUGCAAGUCGUAGAGCUGGAAAAGAAGGGUGCCAAAUUCCCAGAGAUUCAACCGCUCGUGUCUGGUCAGCGUGGGAGAAAGGUGUACACCGAAGGCGAUCUGGAUGCGGGAGUUUGGACAGCCGGAAUCACGCUUGGACUCAUUCACGAUAUUCCCACGUGCGAAGAGCUGGUGAAGCGCAUCGGCCAAGAUGCCGAGAAGCACAUUGAUAGGCUGGCAUCGCUCUCUGCUCACAAGAGCAGCUCCUCCGCUUCGAGAGAGUCGAGGCUAUGAUUGCGUAGCUGAUCUGUAUGUUGCUGCCAUCAUCUUCCACAUCACCCGCACGCCGAUGUUCGAUGAGGAGCAACGACUCGCGACUCGAUGACCUCAUCCUUCGCAAUGCUAGUCGAUGUUGAAUUUUGGGGUUUGGCCGAAGGCUGAUGAGACCUGAGCUGAGCCCUGCUGCGAAUUUUCGAACAAGCCAUGUAAACGAGGGAACAAUUGGCUACCUCAUUAGGCCUGAUGGCCGAGUGAAUGGACCGGAUGAAGGGCCAGCUUUUCCAGUCAUCUUUGGUGCGGUACGAUCGAGGAUGCGUAGGCUGCGAGCGCCAUGCACGCAUUA